CUGGGAGCUGGCAGGUGAGGGAGAGGAGAGCAGCACAGAGUCACAGGGCACGCCAGCAUGCCAGGACCACGGGACCGGGCACAGCAGGGGGAGCCCCUGCCUCUGUGUGGGCAGUGCGGGAAGGUGGUGGAGCUGACGAAAGAGCAAAGCUCAGGGCAGGCCUGUCGCUGUUGGGCGCUGCUGGAUGAGGGGGUGGAGCUUAGAGAGAGGGACAGUAAGAGGCGGAGCAGCUUGAGCUGGGCAGCUGGGCGUGUGGGAGACGUAGACUUCACCAGCCCCAACAAGACCAGGGGAAAGUUUGUGCGCGUGCGGAGCUCCACGGACCCCGCCCUCAUCUACCGGCUGCUGACGGAGCAGUGGGGGCUGGACCCCCCCCACCUGGCCGUGUCGCUGGUGGGGGGGGACGAGCCGCUGCAGAUGAAGCCAUGGCUCAGAGACACCGUGAGGAAGGGGCUGGUGAAGGCCACACAAAGCACAGGUGCCUGGAUUCUGACCAAUGGGCUGCGGUUUGGCAUAACCAAGCACCUGGGCCAGGCCGUACGAGACCACUCCCUCGCCAGCACGUCCCACAAGGUGCGCGUGGUGGCCAUCGGCAUCACGCCCUGGGGCACCAUCCACAACCGGGACCUGCUGCUGUCCGCCAAGCCUGAGCACCCUGCAGUCUACCCCGCUGAGGAGCUGCCCUACGGGGCGGUGUACUCUCUGGACUCUAACCACUCCCACUUCGUCCUGGUGGAGGACGACCCGGAAUGUUCCGGAAGCACCAAUGAGAUGAGGGUCAAGCUCCUCAAGUACAUCUCCCAGCAGCGCACUGGAUACGGGGGGACGGGCAGUUUUGAGAUCCCGGUGUUGUGCCUGCUCGUUCACGGUGAACCCAAGAUCCUGCAGCGCAUGCACAAGGAGAUCCUAAACUCCACCCCCUGGCUGAUCCUGGCGGGGUCGGGGGGCGUGGCCGACAUACUGGUGGACCUGAUGAACAGGGGAUGCUGGGAUACCAGCACGGUGCAGGAGCUCCUGCUGGACACCUUCCACGGCCGUUUCCAUGGCAGCGACAUCACCAAAUGGGCCAAGCUGAUCCAGAAGAUUGUGGAGCACAGGCACCUGCUGACGGUCCACGACCCUGAACAGGAGAGCUCUGAGCUGGACACGGUCAUCCUCAAAGCCCUGGUCAAGGCCUGUAAGAGCCAGAGCCAGGAAGCUCAGGACUUCCUGGAUGAGCUGAAGCUGGCGGUGGCCUGGAACCACGUGGACAUCGCCAAGAGCGAGAUCUUCAACGGAGACGUGGAGUGGAGGGCGUGUGACCUGGAGGAGGUGAUGAUGGACGCGCUGGUGAACGACAAGCCGGACUUCGUGCGUCUGUUCGUGGACAACGGGGUGAACCUGGGGGAGUUCCUGACGUACGGCCGCCUGCAGGAGCUGUACUGCUCGGUGUCGGAGAAGAGCCUGCUGCACGACCUGCUGCUGAAGAAGCACGAGGAGAAGCAGGUCCUGCUGGCCACCGCCCGCGCCCCCGGCCCCCCCCACAGCGAGCAGUCCGACCGCCGCUUCACCCUCCACGAGGUCUCCAAGGUGCUCAAGGACUUCCUGCACGACACCUGCAAGGGCUUCUACCAGAAGCUCCCCACGGAGAAGGAGAAGGGGAAGAAGGGACGGCUUUUCCACUCCCAGAAGAACCUCCCGGACAUGGAGGAGCGCUGUGAGAACCCCUGGCGGGACCUCUUCCUGUGGGCCGUGCUCCAGAACCGCCAGCAGAUGGCCAACUACUUCUGGGCCAUGGGUCCUGAGGCUGUGGCCACUGCACUGGCGGGCUGUAAGAUCCUGAAGGAGAUGGCGCACCUGGAGUCAGAGGCGGAGUCUGCACGCAGCAUGAAGGACGCCAAAUAUGAGCAGUUCGCUCUGGACCUGUUCAGCGAGUGCUACAGUAACAGUGAGGACCGGGCCUACGCCCUGCUGGUGAGGAAAACGCGCUACUGGAGCAAGUGCACCGUCCUAGACCUGGCCACCGAGGCCGACGCCAAGUUCUUCUUCGCCCACGAUGGAGUCCAGGCUCUCCUGACUAAGAUUUGGUGGGGGUCCAUGACUACAGACACAGCUAUCUCCAAACUGGUCCUGUGCUUCUUCUUCCCCCCUCUCAUUUGGACCAACCUGGUGAAGUUCAGUGAUGAGGAGUCAGAUAAUGGUCGUGGAGGGGAGCAGCUUGCCGAGCUGGACAGUCAGGACACAGAGAAGGCCCUGCUGCUGACCGAGGAAGACCACAUACAGGACAAGCCGCAGAGCGCCAGCGCGGUCUGGACCCGGUUCCUGCUCAGCCGCUGGCAGCGGUUCUGGAGCGCCCCGGUCACGGUCUUCCUGGGGAAUGUGGUCAUGUACUUCGCCUUCCUGGUCCUCUUCACCUACGUCCUGCUCCUGGACUUCCGCCCCCCGCCCCCCAAUGGCCCCUCCGUGGCCGAGAUCAUCCUCUACUUCUGGGUCUUCACCCUGGUCCUGGAGGAGCUGCGGCAGAGUUUCUUCACGGACGAAGACACCAGCAUCCUGAAAAAGUUCAAGCUGUAUGUCGAGGACAACUGGAACAAGUGCGACAUGGUGGCCAUCUUGCUCUUUGUGGUGGGCGUGUCCUGCAGGAUGGUGGAUCACAUAUACGAGGCCGGCCGCACUGUGCUCGCUCUGGACUUCAUGGUCUUCACCCUUCGGCUCAUCCACAUCUUCGCCAUCCACAAACAGCUGGGGCCGAAGAUCAUCAUCGUGGAGAGAAUGAUGAAGGACGUCUUCUUCUUCCUCUUCUUCCUGAGCGUGUGGCUGAUCGCCUACGGCGUGGCCACCCAGGCGCUCCUGCACCCCAACGACCCGCGGCUGGACUGGGUGUUCCGCAGGGCACUAUAUCGCCCCUACCUGCACAUCUUCGGCCAGAUCCCCCUGGAGGAGAUCGACGCGGCCCGGAUGCCGGAGAUGAACUGCACCACGGAGCUGGAGGAGAUCCUCGCGGGCACGCUGCCGCCCUGUCCCAACAUCUACGCCAAUUGGCUGGUCAUUCUCCUGCUGGUCAUCUACCUGCUCGUCACCAACGUGCUGCUGCUCAACCUGCUCAUCGCCAUGUUCAGCUACACCUUCCAGGUGGUCCAGGAGAAUGCGGACAUCUUCUGGAAGUUCCAGCGCUACAACCUGAUCGUGGAGUAUCAUGGCCGCCCCGCCCUGGCCCCGCCCUUUAUUAUAAUCAGCCACUGCCACCAGCUGCUGCUCUGUUUGGCCAAUAGGACGGAGUCUAAGCAGGAGCAUCUAGAGAGGGAGCUGCCCCCCGGGUUGGAUCAGAAGCUGAUGACCUGGGAGUCGGUGCAGAAGGAGAAUUAUCUGGCCAAACUGGAGCAGCAGCAAAGAGAGAGCAGCGAGGAGAGACUGAAGAGCACCUCCUCCAAGGUUCAGGCCCUGCUGAGGAUCGCUGGAGGGUACAAGGAGCAGGAGAAGCGCUUUUCAGCGAUGGAGUCCCAGGUGAAGUACUGUACGGAGGUGCUGUCAUGGAUGGCAGAAUGUUUCGCACAGAGCACGCUCAGUCGCGGCACAGAAGCUCCCGAUCCUCCAGCCAAGGGCCUCCAGGACACAGGACCAGCAAGGACAGCGGAUAAGGAAGGUGAACCAGGAUCCAAAGAAGCCAAGGCCGGGCCCCAGGAAGCUAAAGCGGGGCCCCAGGAACCCAGGGCGGGGUACAGAGAUGACGAAGCAGGGUACGGUGCCAACAAGAAGCUGCCUUACAUCGAUGAGUAGCACAGCUCACAGGCCCUACUGCACAACCAGAUCACAGACCCUACUGCACAACCAGAUCACAGACCCUACUGCACAACCAGAUGGUCAGCUGUGUAUUCUUAUUCAGCAGCUUUAACACAGGUUCAGUAUCACAGACCCUACUGCACAACCAGAUGGUCAACUGUGUAUUCUAAUUCAGCUGCCUUAACACAGGUUCAGUAUCACAGACCCUACUGCACAACCAGAUGGCCAGCUGUGUAUUCUAAUUCAGCAGCCUUAACACAGGUUCAGUAUCACAGACCCUUUCGCCCAACCAGAUGGUCAGUUGUGCGUUCUUAUUCUCUGUCUUUUACCCGUUUUAAAGCUCAAAUAUUUCAAAUAUUUUCUUAUGAAUAUUCACGAUAAGGAUAUUGCUGGUUGCAGCAGAUGUUGUCUCCUCAUCAAUUUUCAUAUAAUUAAUUCAAUAUUUAUUCAAGUUGUAAUGUAAAAAUCACAUGAAAUUUGCAUUUUCGGAUUUGAAAACACAAUUUAACAUUUUCACACGAGAAUGAUAAUAUUGACAUCUGAAAAGAAAAUGUCACACGUGAAUUGGACAUUUUCACAUGUAAUUGGCUUUUUCACAAGUGAAUGAAAAUUUCCACAUGUGAAAAUAGGCCAUAUUAAGUAAUUUGUAUCUUCCCAUUUUUACAUGCCACUUACUUUUGGCAUAGGUUGCCUUAUUCCACUCUCAUCUCAUAAGUGGCAAGAGUUUUAUCGUUCACAUGUUGGAUGUUCACAUGUGGUUUUUGAACACAUAUGGUUUUUGAUCAUGUGAUUUUUUCAUAAGAGUUAGCACUGGAAACUCCUGUUACCAACCGGGCCCUCCUACUAUAGGGAAUUAAGGAGCACAGGAGUUGACCAUCUGGUUGCUGUAGAGGAUCUGUGGUGAUGAGGGAACAGGACUGAUGUUGCAUGCUAAUGAGCUGCUACAUGGCCAAUCACAUCACUGUGACAGGCAAAGCCUUGUGCCCCUAGCUCAGGGGUGCACAACUCCGGUCCUGGAGGUCAAAUCUGUGUGCUGGUUUUUGUUCCAACCAAUUACCUUAGUUUUAGCUGUCUGAUAUCUCCAUGAGCUAGGAGCUGAAAUCUUAAGGAUUUGCUUUUAGGUUGCAGCUGGUGCUUAUACAAAGUGUC